GAAAGUUUCUUUGACGAACAUAAAGACAUAUUUAUUGAUGAAAACUCUCAUUGACUUAGGUCAAAUAAGUAAUUGUGUACAGUGAAAAUAAAUUAGCAAAAAUAAGCCAAUACAAUGAGUUCGAUUAAAUUGAUAACAUUUGGAAGUAGGAAGAACAAAAAAUGAAUUUUUUAUUGAACAAACGCAUAAAUCAAGGAAGUGGACAAAAUGUUAGCAACGAUAGUACGGAUACUACUGUGAGACAUGAUUUUUUAUUUGGGUUAGAAGAUUCUGGCAUUGCAACAAGCAAUGAUGUCCAUUCAUUGGAAUUUGAUGAUCAAUUGCCGACAACACCUACCUUAGGAGGUCAUCAUCAUACCCACCUACCAACGCUUCAUCAUCAUCAUCAUCAUUCUCACAUCCAACAUAGUAAUAAACAUGCAUUGGAUAAAAUUGGAAAGCUUGGAGUGCUUGAAAAGAGCAAAGCCACAAGCAGUAUUCCAAGUCUUUCAAUCAACAGCAACGCAACAAUCAACAUUCAUUAUUAUCCAGAAGAAUCAAUUUUUUGGAGUUAUGUCAUUGUAUUCAUAAGUACAACAGUUCAAAUUUUGAUACAUGGCCUUCAGUUAUCCUUUGGAAUGUUUUUCAUUUGCGCCAAAAUAUUCUUCAAAGAUAAUCAUACGGAAUUAAUGACUUAUGGCUGGCUUGGUGCACUUUCGACGGCAGUUGCUUUAUUUAUUUCACCGCUAACAAUUGGUGUGUGUAAGAGAAAAUCAACGAGAAUUACGGCUGUUAUUGGUGGUCUUGUGACUGCAUUAGGAUGUUUGUUCACUUCAUUUGCAUCUCAAUUCCACCAAAUGUUCUUCAGUUAUGGAGCUGUAGUGGGAAUUGGUGUCGGCAUGUGUCGAGACUGUUCAACAUUAAUGAUCGCUCAGUAUUUCAAGAGAAAACGUGAAUUUGUUGAGAUUUUUAUUGUGUCUGGAAGUGGUGCUGGAAUUGCCUUGAUGUCUACAUUUAUUAAAAGUGCCAUUGAUGGAGUCGGGUGGAGAUUGGGUCUUCAAGCUGUUACCAUUUGUGUAUUUAGCACUUUUAUACUCGGCACAUGCUAUCGGUCUGCAUCUCUAUAUCAUCCACAAAGACGUGCCAUUUUGCAUUUAAAAAAUCAAAAACGUAAAAUUAAGGACAAGACGAAGCAGUUUGAGAGUCCACCGUUCUUCGAUUUUUCAACGUUGAAGAGCAAGACUGUCCGCAUUUUAUUGCUAUCGUCAGCAAUUACUGCAUUUGGAAUCAAUACGCCACUGUUUUAUCUAGCACAUCAAAUAACACUUGAUGGUCUAACGGACGAAGUUUUGAUGUUGCAAGUUUAUCUUGGCUGCUCAUGGGUACUUGGAUGUGUGAUAUUCGGUCUUUUAGUUGUAAAAAAUAGUGUUGAAUGUCGAAUAGCAAGACAAUAUUUAUGUCAGACAGCAAUGAUUAUGUGUGGAUUAACAAUGCUCUCACUGACAACUAUCCGAGGAAACUAUCAUGCCUAUCUGCUGUUUGUUUGGAUUUAUGGCAUAUUUCUUGGUGGCUAUCACUACUCACUUAAGAUGUUCACAUUCGAAAAGGUUCGAGCACGAAAUUUCGCUCGUGCAUGGGGAUUUGUGCAAUUUUCACAGGCACUACCGAUAGCAUUAGGAGUUCCAUUAGCAGGCUAUUUGAAUCUCAAUUAUCCUGGACAAGUUGGGUAUUAUAUGUGCUCUGGAUGUUGUAUUGUUGGAAGUCUUACUUUAUUCCUUGUUGAUGUACAUAAGAGAAAUAUAAGGCUACACAAGGAAAAAAGUACCAAGGAAAAUGGAAGUCACACAUGUAGCCAAACAUGCCAGAAACGUAAAUUAUCAUUCGAUAAUGAACAAGAUAAUGAGCCUGCAUUGCAAGGAACAGCAGCUUUAAUAUUAGGAACAGAAUUACUUGUGCCACACAUCAAUGAUGUUUUAAUGAAUGCUGUGAAUGGAAUUGAAAAGCCUGAAUUGACGUGCAUUUCUGAGGAAGGAAUAGCUGAUAUGGAUUAUUUUCCUGAAAAUUUACUAGAUGAAUUUGAUUUUAAUAACCUUGAAGAUAAUGAUGACGACGACAUCACAUCCUGCAAUAAAAUUAAAUAUUCAUUGAGUGAAAUGGAAAAUGGAAUUGGCAUUGAUGGAAAGAAAAUCAAACGUGGAGCAACGAUAAGAAAUAACAAUAAAAAUUUUUUAACCCUUACAUCACAAGUGAUUCCCGAGCUUUCACAUGAAUCUCAAGACGAGGAAAAAAGUAUACUCAUAAAUGGACAUCAUGUCGAUUGCAACCUCAAUAAGCAUUUAAGGAACAAUUCAGAACAAACUUACACUGCCCCAACAUUUCCCGUAGCUAAUAAUCGAAUGAUUUCUGUGAUUGAAGAGGCUGCGGUGUAAUUAAACAUUUGAUGGAUUUGACACUGUUCUUAAAGAGCAGUUUGACAAGACUGUACCUGAUAUACCGUAUAUAAUUAUUAUAAAUUAGAAAUUAAAUCUUUAAGUUCACUUCCUUUAAAGUUUUCAUAUAACGUAGAAAAUUCAUAACUUGUGUCGUGUGACGAAAUCAAUUUCCAUAAUCCUAACGUAUUUCCAAUAACAUAGCAUAUUAUAGACGAAAAUUUCUUACGAAUUGAAAAGUAUUUCAAUUAAAACAGUCAAAGAUUAAAAAGAAUUUGAUAUUAUACUAAAAUUAAUUAUAACUAGUAGACGAUAAUAGAGUAGGGAA